AUGGCGGAGUUGAAGUUGAUCGGAGCCAAGUACAGCCCGUUCUGCUUCAGGCUGGAAUUGGCACUGAAGCUGAAAGGGAUACACGAGUACGAGUACCUUGAACAAGAUCUUAUCAACAAGGGCCCCAUCCUUCUCCAUUACAAUCCCGUGCACAAGAAAGUCCCCGUGCUCGUCCAUGGCGAAAACCCAAUCAUUGAAUCGCUCGCAAUCCUCGAAUACAUCGACGAGACAUGGCCUUCAUCCCCUUCCUUGCUCCCCAAGCAUCCUUAUCCAAGAUCCCAAGCUCGCUUCUGGGCCAAAUUCGCCGACGAAAAGUGCGCGCCUGGAGCAUGGGAUACUUACUGGCGGCUGAAAGGAGAAAAGAAGGACAAGGCCAUAGAAGUUGCGAUGGAAAGGUUUGAGCAUCUUGAGAAGCUGAUUCAGGGCAAGAAAUUCUUCGGCACUGGGGGCGACGACAACGAUGACGAACAAGGGGAAGGAAGGGUGGAGAGGAUUGGGUAUUUGGAUUUGGUGUUGGGUUGGAUCCCACUUUGGGUUGAGGUAAUGGAAGAAAUUGGGGAGAUGAAGCUGCUUGACCCUCACAAGUUCCCAGGUCUGUGCCGAUGGGGUCACAAAUUCGUCGAGGUCCCGGUGAUCAAGGAAUGCCUUCCGUCCAGGGAGACGCUGGUUCAGUACUUCACCAUCGCCACUCCCAUGAUGCGCGCUCAUUUCACUUAGUGAAGCAGCAGUAAAAGAGCACCAUCAGCAGCUGCUGUAUCCUGUAAUGUAAUUCCUCUGUAUCCAAGUUUGCUUAAUAACGAGUUUACUUGUUCUAGCACUACUAUUCUAAGGGCAGCAUGUGUGAAUCAAUGUCUGAAGCAUUCAGUUGGUAUAACAACACGGUGGCAUCUGCACCAGAAACCAUUGCCACCGCUUCUACCUCUACCGAAAGCGAGUUCUUCAACCAGAAGAAGAAAGGAUCAUCCUUUGUGGUUGCU